CACAUUCAGUUAAGCUUCAUUAUCAAUUGGAAGUGCAUGGGUAGUAAUGAUUGGUUUAUGAGAACCGCUGGCUUCUAACGAAGCGUCUGAUUAGACAAUAGUUUAUUCAAAGGAUGGAGAAUAUCUUUUACUUAAUAUUACGUUGAGAAGAACGUAAAACUUAUUCAAUAAAUGAACGUCCGAUAAAGCGCACGGGGAGCGGAUCGAUCGUUCGUCAUGAAUGAGAAUUGACGAACGACGCCUUAUGAGCUCCUCGUAAUGUUCACAAUUUAAAAAUCCUAUUAAAAGCGUUAGAAUGGCUGUCAUUAGUUUAAUAAUUAUCUUAACUGCGUCCUUCUUCAAACUCGUACUUUUUUCGAAUGGAUCACCGACACUUCUGUUUGCUACACAAAAGGAUAUUAGAAUGGCUAAUGCUUCUCGUACUAAUAAAAUAACUACUAUAAUUAAAGAUGUCUCUGAAGGUGCAGCUUUAGACUUCUAUUUUGAACAAGAAUUGGUAUGUUGGUCGGAUAGUGGUCUAGAAAUAAUUCAAUGUGUCCAAACAAAUGGUACUCAUACUGGUGAAAGAAUGGUUGUAGUGAAUUCAAGUUUAAUAUCUCCCGACGGCUUAGCCUGUGAUUGGUAUACAGGAAAAUUGUAUUGGACAGAUGGAGAAAAGAAUAGAAUAGAAGUAACUAGUAUUGAUGGACGUCAUAGAAAAGUUCUUUUCUGGACAGAUAUUUAUCAACCAAGAGCUAUCGCUCUUGUACCAAUGAAAAGUAUACUUUUUUGGACAGACUGGGGUGAUGUGCCUAAAAUAGAGAGAGCUGCAAUGAAUGGAGAUCCAUCAACGAGAGAAGUAAUCAUUUCUGAAGAUAUAUUUUGGCCAAAUGGUUUGACAGUGGAUUAUGAAAAUGAAUUAGUUUACUGGGUGGAUGGAAGACUCAAAUUUAUUGCAGUCAUGGAUUAUUAUGGAAAAAAUAGGCGGAAAGUAGUGGAACAAGGGUUAGAUUAUCCUUUUGCUGUAACAUUUUUUGAUCAUAGAUUAUAUUGGACUGAUUGGAAAACAUGGUGUAUACAUUCAUUCGACGUACAGCAAAAUCAAGCACAUCCUAGAGAAUUAUUACAUGGAGAAUAUAUUCCUGGCGACAUAAAAGUAUGGGAUGUUAGAAGACAACCACGUGGAAAUCAUCCGUGUGAAAAAGAUAAUGGAAAUUGUUCACAUUUGUGUCUCCUAAGCUUAUCAGAACCUGGUUACACGUGUGCGUGUCCUACGGGUGUGAAGUUAGUGGAUAAUUUGACUUGUGCUGAAAGACCAGAAGAGUUAUUAUUAAUAGUUCAAAGAAAUGAAAUUUGUCGAAUAUCUUUGGAUUCUCCUGAUUAUACAAAUUUUGUUUUACCAUUGACAGGAAUCAAACAUGCGAUCGCAAUUGACUUUGACCCUGUGCAAGAAAUGCUUUAUUGGACUGAUGAAGAAGCUUGUGCAAUUCGGAGAGCCUCCCUUGAUGGUUCUAAUCAAGAAAAUAUUAUAGUAACAGAAGUAAAAAAUCCUGACGGCAUAGCUAUUGACUGGUUAGCUCAAAAUCUUUACUGGACUGAUACAGGAACAGAUAGAAUUGAAGUAGCCCGAUUAAAUGGUACAAGUAGAAAAGUAUUAAUAAAUGAAGACUUAAUAGAACCUAGAGCAAUAGCUUUAGCUCCAGAACUUGGUUGGAUGUUCUGGACUGACUGGUAUGAAAAACGUCCAAAAAUAGAAAGAAGUAAUCUUGAUGGUACAGAACGUAUUCUUCUAGUAACUAAAGACAUUGUUUGGCCAAAUGGAAUUGCUUUAGAUCUUGCUAGGUGGAAAAUUUAUUGGUGCGAUGCGAAAACAGAUAAGAUUGAAGUUUGUAAUAUGGAUGGCACAGACAGGAGAGAAGUAAUUACUGACAAUCUGCCACAUCUUUUUGGAUUGAGUUUAUUGGGAGACUAUUUAUAUUGGACCGAUUGGCAAAGACGAAGCGUAGAUAGGGCAAACAAACUUACAGGUGGAGAAAGAGUAGUUAUUGUUGAUCAAGUCCCAAAUGUAAUGGGUUUAAAAGCAGUGCAUUUAGGAAAAUUUAAUGGUACAAAUCCUUGUGCAAAAAAUAAUGGAGGAUGUAGUCAUUUAUGUUUAAAUAGACCUGAAAACAAAUAUGUUUGUGCGUGUCAGAUUGGUUAUGAGUUAACAAAAGAUAAGAGGACUUGCGUUAUCCCUGAUGCAUUUAUGUUAUUUGCAAAGAAGGAGAAUAUUGGAAGAAUUAGUAUUGAAAAUGCAAAUAAUGAUAACAUUAUUCCAUUGACCGGUGUUAAAGAUGCUAGCGCUUUGGAUUUUAACAUAGCAGACAAUCGCAUUUACUGGACAGAUGUUAAAUUAAAAACAAUCACAAGAGCUUUUAUAAAUGGUUCUGAUAUGGAAAGAGUUGUUGACCUUGGUUUAGAAACACCUGAAGGUUUAGCGAUAGAUUGGAUUGCUCAUAAUUUAUAUUGGAGUGACACAGGAACUCGGAGAAUAGAAAUGGUACGAUUAGAAGGCUGCAGUAGAAAAGUUCUUGUUUGGAAUGAUAUUACUGAACCUAGAUGUGUAGCUCUUGAUCCAAGCAGAGGUUACAUGUACUGGACAGAGUGGGGGAAUUCCGGUAGUAUAGAAAGAUCCCUGUUAGAUGGUACAAAUCGAGAAAUUAUACUUUUCAAUAUUGGAAGAGCAAAUGGUUUAACCAUUGAUCAUUUAGCACAGAAAUUAUAUUGGGCAGAUUUACAUACUCCAGCUAUUGAUAGUUUUGAUUUGCGUACAAGGAAAAAGGAAGCAAUCAUAACACAGAAUAUUGGAUAUCCAUUUAGUAUUACACAAUAUCAAGAUUAUAUUUACUGGACAGAUUGGAAUACAGGUGACAUAGAGAAAGCCAAUAAAACCACUGGAGCAAACAGAGUGAAAAUACACAACAAGUUAGAAUCAGUGACAGAUUUGUUAGUUUUUCAUGCUUCUAAACAAGCAGGACGGAAUCCAUGUGCAUUGAAAAAUGGAAAUUGCAGCCACCUUUGUAUCGCUUUGCCUGGAGAAAAUGAAAGUAUAUCUAAUUCUUUCAAGUGUGAAUGCCCUACACAUUAUAUCUUAGGAGAAAAUAAUAAAUCUUGCAUUGCACCAAGCAUUUUUAUGAUGUACAGUUCACGAAAUGCAAUUUAUCGUUUUCUUCCUGACACUAAUGACUGUCCAGAUAUAGUCCUACGAAUUCAGGGUCUAAAAAAUGUGCGGUCUAUAGAAUUUGACCCGAUAACCCAACACAUUUAUUGGAUAGAUGGUCGAACUUCAUCUAUAAGAAAAACUUUGGAAAAUAAAACGCAUUCUACAAUAGUGGUUUCUGGAAGUUCCGGACACCCUGUCGAUCUAGCUUUAGAUCCUUUAGGAAGGCUAUUAUUCUGGUCUUGUGCUAUAAAUGAUGCAAUAAAUGUUACAAAACUCGAUAAUGGCUCUGCUUUAGGCAUUGUCGUUAAAGGUGAUGGAGAAAAACCACGAAAUAUUGCUAUACAUUCUGAAAAAAGAUUACUUUUUUGGACGGAUGUUGGAAGAAAAAUGAGAGUAAUUCGUAGUAAAAUGGAUGGAAAAGAGAGAGUGGUGAUCGCAACUGAUCUUGAACAACCAACCAGUAUUGCGGUUGAUGCAGUUUCCAAUAUUAUAUAUUGGGCGCACGGAAAUCGAAUUGAAUGCGCAGAUUUCGAUGGAAAUAAUAGAAAAAUUCUAGUGUCUCAUGUUAAACAAGGAUCAAUUAUUUAUUUGGCUGUCUUUUCUGAUUUUGUUUAUUGGUUUGAUAAAGACACAUUAAGUUUAGAACGUGUUAACAAAUCCGGAAGUGGAAGAAAAAUGAUUAUGAACAAAGCGCUGACAGAUUUAAUUACAGUAAAUGCUCCGCAAAAUGACAUAAUGAAGACGCAUAUUUGUAGCCCCUUUCGAGAUUAUGGUGGAUGUUCCCAUUUCUGCAUUGGAACAACUUCAUCCGUGUGUUCUUGUCCAAAAUCUUUGGUUCUUUCCGAAGAUGGAAAAACUUGUAGGGCUGCACCAGCUUGUGGAUCAGAUCAUUUUACUUGUGCUGCACCUAGUUCUGCAAUGGCAAAGGAUUGUAUACCUGCAACAUGGAAAUGCGAUGGUCAAACAGAUUGUCCUGAUGGUAGCGAUGAACUAGGAUGUCCAACUUGUAGUCGUGAACAAUUUAAAUGUCAAAGCGGUCACUGUAUUGAUAUGUCAUGGGUUUGCGAUGGAACUGCUCAGUGUCAUGAUGGUCUGGAUGAAGCUCAUUGUUGUCCGGAUCAAUUUCAGUGUAUUGGAAACGGUGUUUGUAUUUCUACUUCAACCCUUUGCGAUGGUUGGGAUGAUUGUGCUGAUGGUAGCGAUGAAUUUCCAUCUUUAUGUACACCUGUAAACCCACCUCGACAAGAAAGCAAUUCAUUAGAAUCUGGAAAAAUUACCUACGUCAUUGUACUUAUUAUAGUGACUGCGACAAUAGUAGCUGUUGCUUUUGGAUUUUAUUAUUGUAGAAGAAAGUUUAUAAACAGUGAAGAAUUACCUGAUAUUUUACACGACUCUGCUGGAGAUCCUUUGUCGCCAAAACCUGCGAGGUUGGCAAAACCAAUGUUUGCACAAAAAAAUUGUAGAAAAGAUCUGAAAAUUGGAAUGGAGACUGUGGGAAUGUCAAUGCUAAAUGGGAGUAGUAUUGGAUCUAGUUAUGAUCGAAGUCAUAUUACUGGUGCAUCAAGUUCAACACGAGGAAGUUCAGCAGGAGGUUAUCCUCAAGAAACAUUAAAUCCUCCGCCAAGUCCAGCAACAACAGCAAAUUCCACCAGAUGCUCAAGCAGUAAUGCAUCUAGAUAUAAACCUUACAGACAUUAUAGAAGCAUUAAUCAGCCUCCACCUCCAACCCCUUGCAGUACAGAUGUUUGUGAUGAAUCAGACAGUAAUUAUCCAGCAAGAUAUAGAUAUGAAAGUGAACCUUUUCCUCCACCUCCUACUCCAAGGUCUGUUUAUCAAAGUGAUGCAGGAAUUAGUUGUCCUCCAUCUCCUAGUUCAAGAUCAUCUACAUAUUUUAGUCCACUUCCACCGCCACCUUCUCCUGUUCCUUGAAUAUACUAUACAUUUUAAAUAUCUCAUUCUUCAUAAAAUCAUAUUUUUUACAAGAUUUUGAAAGAUUUUAAACAAACUUGAGAAUUUAUUAGAAUGUUCAUAAUUUAUUUGGUAGAGAGAAUUAACAUAAUGUUUCUUCUUAAUGUUUGACAUUGGAAAAACUGAAUAUUGAAAAUUUUGUAUUUAUUCGUAUUUACAAGGAAAGUAACAUGAAACACAUUUUAUAAUUUCAUAAUUAAUGUAAUGUACAUUUUAACUAAUACUUCCAUACUGAAGACUUUUAACAGAUAGUAGCUCAAAGAGAAGCAGGAGAAACAAAAAGUAAACAUUUUUCUUUUGAGUGCCUUUUUUAAUACAAUCAAGUCUGAUUUUAAUAUCGUUUGAAAGUAAACGAGUUUUUUUUAUAAUUAUUCCUGCAAAGAAAUUAAUACCAUUGUGCCUACUAACUUUAUAAUGUAAGUGAUUUAAUCGUAAAAUUCUGUAAAUAUUGUAAGAAUGUAUAAAGAUUGUAAAUGAUUCUUAGUCACUACGAUACAAGUUGUUUAAGCAGAUGAUUUCGUUUUGUAUAAGUACUAUUUUUAGACUUUUAAACAUUUAUACUCUUACUCAUGCACACACAGUAUAUUAAAUGAAAAUUUAAAUUUUAAGUUUCGUACCUACAACAAAAACAUAUCAAAAUCUGUAUUACAAAUUAAAAUAAUAAUUAUAAUAAUCAUUAGAAAAAAAAAUCUUUUCAAAUAGAUAGUAGAAU